AAUGCCCAAAAGAGAGAAAAAUAAACCUAAUAGAACUACCGCCGAUGACUUGUGGAGUCAAGUUGGCCACCCACUGGCCUGAGGCUGCAGCCACCCACCCUAUGAAGUUGAUAUCCCUUUUCUCUGCUUUCCUUUAUUUUGCCCAAUCGACGGACCUCCCAUUCUGAAAAUUCGAGAUCACUACGCGCUGCCCCUCACGAAUACCUUAUAUCCAUUUCACCAACCUGACUGGCAGCAGAAUCGGCUGAGAGAUGGAGACUCCCGGGAUGGUUUUCUUGGUUGCUUCUGCGCUUGCUGUGAUGGCAGUUGCUGCAGCAGCCGAGCCAGUAACUUUUGUAUUCGGCGAUUCACUGACAGAAGUUGGGAACAAUAACUACAUGCAGUACUCUCUGGCAAAAUCCAACUAUCCAUGGUAUGGGAUUGACUACGAAGGAGGUCAGGCCACGGGAAGGUUCACGAAUGGGCGUACCAUUGGCGACAUAAUAUCUGCAAAGCUCGGGAUUCCAUCACCGCCGCCGUAUUUAUCAUUGUCUCCAAAUGACGAUAAACUUCUCGAAGGGGUUAAUUAUGCAUCUGGCGGAGCAGGAAUCCUCAAUGAAACUGGAAUCUACUUUAUCGAGAGAUUGUCCUUCGAUGAUCAGAUAGACAAUUUCAACAAGACAAAACAAGCAAUUGCGGGUAAAAUUGGAGCAGCGGCAGCAGAGAGGUUCUGCAGUAAAGCUCUGUACUUUAUUGGGAUCGGUAGCAAUGACUAUGUGAACAAUUUCUUGCAGCCCUUCUUAGCUGAUGGUCAGCAGUACACUCACGAUGAAUUCGUGGAACUCCUGGCCUCCACCUUAGAACAUCAAUUAACGAGGCUAUACAAAUUAGGAGCAAGGAAGAUGGUCAUUCAUGGGCUCGGUCCACUGGGCUGCAUUCCUUCACAGAGGGUGAAAUCAAGAAGAGGCGAAUGCUUGAAGCGAGUCAACGAAUGGGUUCUCGUGUUCAACGCCCGAGUACAACGGCUUAUAGCCUCCAUUAACCGCCAACUGCCCGAUGUUCAGCUGGCGUUUGCAGAUACAUACCCUGCAGUUCUUGAUCUGAUCACCAACCCCUCAGCCUAUGGUUUCAAAGUGUCCAAUAGUUCAUGCUGUAAUGUGGACACAAAACUGGGAGGACUUUGCUUGCCAAACUCCAAGCUGUGCAAGAAUCGCCACGAAUAUGUAUUCUGGGAUGCCUUUCAUCCGUCUGAUGCAGCAAAUGCAGUGCUCGCCGAUAAACUCUUCUCCAGCUUAUUUCCUGAACCUCCUGCCCCAACACCAGCUCCCCAUUGAUGUUGUUAAUAAUCGCCAAUUCAAGUGGAGACUUUUGUCACUGAUAGAACUAAAGCUUCAGAAUUGUCUCCUGCUUAGAUUGAUAAAUCCAAAAGAAAUUGCUAUAUCCUCUAUUCAAAGGGGAGAAAUGAGUUUGGAUAUUCCGAUGAUUGAUUCAAAAGGAUUUAACAAGCAGUAGUAGAAUAUUACUGCCAAAUGCAGAAGCAAAAGUACAAACGAAUAACAUACAUGGAUACUGCUUGCUCAGGGUCGAACCUCUCAGUAAAAGAGGGACUUCAGAUUCCAGCAUGUAUUUUAAAUUAUUAAUCAGAUGAGCUAGCUGAUAAUAUAAUACAACUUCUUGUAUCUUUUGUAGUCCUUGAGCCUCUCCGGUAAUGAACGUUGCGUUUAUACUCCAA